AUGAGCGCCUUCCUCGGUCUAAUCCCCCCAAUACCCAAGUCCAACCCUCGAACCACCACCUCCCUACGGCGGCACCUCCUCCCAACUCCGUCCCCUCCGACACCGCCGUCCUGCCUCUUCUCUUCCUUCAACAUACACCCCCUUCCCCCCAGACGCACCAUGUCCGCCCAACCGCAUCCUCCUCCAAGGUUUCGAAUGCAGCUAGGCAUAACCCAAAUCUGGAUCCCGCCCGCUUGCAAAGCCUCCUGGAAAACCGGUAACGGGUACGACAUCUACGACCUCUUCGACCUCGGUGAAUUCGAACAAAAGGGCUCUCGCAAGACAAAAUGGGGCAGCAAGUCAGAACUCCAACAACUAGUCGCCAUCGGCGCACAAUACGGUGUCUCGGUGCUCUUCGAUGCAGUCCUGAACCACAAAGCCGCAGCAGAUUUCAAGGAACCCGUUCUUGCUCGACGAGUCGACCCCAAGGAUCGUCGGGUGGUGUUAGACGAGGAACCCUCAGAAAUCGAAGCAUGGACUGGUUACGACUUCCCCGGCCGGCAGGGCCUCUAUUCGCCCUUACGCUGGUCAGCGCGCCAUUUCAAGGGUAUCGACUACGACGACUGUCGCAAGGAGAACGCCAUCUGGAAAUUCGAAGGCAAGGAAUGGUCUGAGGACGUGGACGAAGAGAACGGAAACUACGAUUACCUCAUGUUCGCCGACAUCGACCACGCACAUCCGGAGGUAAAGCGCGAUAUUUUUCACUGGACGUGGUGGUUAAAAACCCAGUUACCCCAGCUCGGCGGACUACGGCUCGACGCAAUCAAGCACUACUCCUACGCCUUCGUCCGCGAACUAUUGGCGCAUAUCGACCGCCACGUCUCCCCCGGCUUACCGGGGUCCCCAGACCAGUGGUACAUAGUAGGCGAAUACUGGCGCGAAGACUCGGAAUUUCUGGCGAGAUACAUCGAGUAUAUGCACCAUCGGCUUUCGCUGUUCGACGUGCAGUUGGUUUCGAACUUCAGCCGUAUCUCGCAGGCUUCGGAACAUCUGCAAUCUUCUGCCACCGCGCCCGGAAUAACAUACGGUAGCCCCGACACGGACCUCCGGUUAUUGUUCGAUGAUACGCUAUGUAUCUGGAAACCGCACAACACUGUGUCGUUCGUGGUGAACCACGAUACCCAAUCUGGUCAAUCGCUGGAAACGCCCAUAGCGCCGUUUUUUAUGCCUUUGGCUUACAGCUUAAUCAUGCUGCGAGCAAAUGCGGGAGUGCCGUGUGUUUUCUGGUCGGAUCUGUAUGGUUCCUUCGGGGUUACUUCCACCAGCACUCCUGACUCGGAAGACGACUGUUCUUUGAACGACACGCCACUGCCCGACCCGCAGCACUGGAAACCACCCAUGUGCGGCGGACAGGUUCUGCCGAAGUUGAUGCUAGCUAGAAGACUUUGGGCGUACGGCACGCAACAUGAUUACUUUGAUCACCCGCAUUGUGUCGGGUUCACGAGAACUGGGCAUUAUAGCCAGUCUGGAGGCGCGGGAGUUGCGUGUGUUAUGGCGAACUGGUGGGAGCAUGCUAGUAAGAGGAUGUACGUGGGUGUGGAACAUGCGGGCGAAGUUUGGACGGAUUUGCUCAAGUUUUGCCCGGGUGAGGUGGUGAUUGAUGAGGAAGGAUGGGGAGUGUUCCCUGUUGCGGCCAGGAGUGUGGCUGUUUGGGUUAGUAAGGAGGCGGAAGGGAGGGAGGGUGUUGAUGCGUUUGAGUUGGACACCGAUGUGUACGGUUUCAACAAGAGGCAGCAGGAGCAGGCGUACGAGAGUCAGAGAGGACCAGCGGCUGAGGAGGAGCCAGAGGAUUGGAUGGUUGCUGCGAGGGGAGCAGCGGCAGAGUACUUGGCAAUGACCGGGUCCGAUUAG